AUUGGACGCAGCGCGAGGCAGACGUGGCUUGCCUGUGUCUCUAAAUACAGAAAGUGGUGGAAAAAAAGGAAUUGUGGAGUCGGGGUUACAUUUUCAGAGCGAGGAAGGUAGAAACAAACCAAAUAAAAUAUAAACAUGCUCUGAAAUACUUGAAGGAACAAGGAGAGAGAGAGAGAAAAAGGGCACUGGAAACCUAUUAAUUAAACGCCUGGGCUGUUAAACUCUCCCAGGAGGUGAAAUAUGCCCAGGGCGAUGAGAUAGUUAAGGAAAAAAAAAGGAAAAAACUACCAAAAGGAAAAGAAAUAGUGAUGGAGUGUAAUGGGAGAAUUAGAGAAAAAUAACAAGAAAAUAACAACAGGAACGAUAACAAAUAAAAAACAAAAGAAAAAGAAAGUGAUGGAAUGUGAUGAGAGACUAAGAAAAAAAUAAUGAAAGGAAAAAAUACCAGGAAUGAAACUGCUGCUCUGAAAUGUUGGAUAUGAAACUCGAAACUGCUCUUCAUCUUCUUCAUCGUCGUUGUGAGUGAAAUAUGUAUCGUAGAAAAAAUUAACUGCAAGCUGAGAGAACAAGAUAUUACUGCCAUCUGAAACUGUUGAAGGAAGGUAAAUAAAGAAAAAGUUCACAAGAGAAAAGAUCUAAAAAAAGUUGGAUUAAUGAAAACAAAAGAAAAUAAAGUCUGACUGCAGGAAAAGGAUAAGACAAAAGAAAAAAAACACCACAGAAGAGAAAAAGAAGAGAAGAAAAAGAAAAGAAAAAAGAAAAUAAGAAAAACGAAACGCGUCUACAUCAAACCACAUCAAGAAGAGAAAAGAAAAUAAGAUAAAAGAAAAGCAGAAGUAAAGAAAAAAAGACCAGAAGGAUAAAUAGGAAAACAAGAAAACAAAGAAAAAGCAUAAUAAAAGAGUGGAGAAGAAGAAAACGAAAAGAAAAGGAGAAAAACAACAACAAACCCGCUCACAACCCCAUCAACUCCAAUCAACACCCCAUCACUGUCCUCUCCUCACCACCGCCAUCACGUCGACCACCACCAUCAUCACCACCACCACGCCCACGCCCGCCUCCACGCCCGCCCCCGCGAUGCACAAGAAGCAUCGCGGGUGGCGGGCGUUCCUCAGCAAGCUGCCGGUGCUGGCGCUGCGGCUCGCCAAAGUCCCACGCGUCCACCCCACGCUCAGGGUCCCCAGGCUGCCCGCGGGGUUCGUCCACCUCAUUAAGCCUGGAGUCAAGUAUGAGAAGCUGUACGACCGCAUCCACAGCGCCUCCGUGUCGCCGGGUCGCGGGGGCGUGGCGCAGGACGCGGUGGAGAUCGCCCGCGACGUGGUGGACCUCAUGAGGGACUACGACGACGCCCUCAUUCCCGAAGUGGACGAGCUGCGUGACCUGCUUAGUGAGCCUCAUAUACGGGUACGUGGCGCUCGGGUUGUUGAGGCUGAGGGCUUGGGUAAGUUGUGUGGGGUUUGAAAGUGAAGAAAUGAAUAUAUUGAGUGAGUUAGGGAUUGGCAAAGGAGGUGGAGAAAGAGAAAGAAAGGAGUGAGGAGAGAAAGGAAUUACGUGAGUGCUGAAUAGCGAGUGACUGCCUGGCUGGGAUUAGUGUGACAUUCGGUGAUAGGAAAAAUAUGAAUUGUGACGUUGAUCGUAAAGUGCAAUGAGGAGGAAGGGAGGUGAAUGGAAAG